AUGAUCGGAAAACGAAAAUUGCUUCCAUCGCUCGUGAAAUCCCUGAUAAUGGAUCCAAAAUCGCCGGAAUUUAUCUUGGAUCCGCCGCUUCACAGCUUAGGAUUCGUAUUCGAAGAGCUCUCCGCCACCAGAGUGUCCGGCCGCCUCACCGUAACUGACAAAUGCUGCCAGCCAUUCAAAGUCUUGCACGGCGGCGUAUCUGCUCUUAUCGCAGAAGGAGUCGCCAGUGUCGGCGCCGGAAUCGCAUCUGGUUAUAAACGCGUCGCCGGUAUCCAUCUCUCUAUCCACCAUCUCCGACCUGCUGCCCUCGGCGAUUCAGUCUUCGCCGAAUCUUUUCCAGUCUCCGCCGGCAAAAAUAUCCAGGUAUGGGAGGUCCGGUUAUGGAAAACCAAGAAAACGGAGAACAAGAAAUUGGUAUCAACAUCCCGUGUCACUCUCUUCUGUGGUGUACCUAUACCGGAUCAUGUUAAAGAUGCUCCGGACCAGGUUAAGAAGAUUGUAUCCAAGUUGUAA